UCCAAAAACGUUAUGUACUUGUUUAUAAUUUUUUGGUGUUUAGUAUAGUUUGAAAAAUAACGAAUAAUUGAUACAUACUGAGCUUUUAUUCCAAUUUAAAUAAAGGCAUAUUACUUUAUUGUUUAAAACUAAACCAAAAAAAUGUCUCAGAAUUUAAAGUUGCUCGAUAAUAUUAAAAUGGAAUUUGAGGCAGUUUGCCACGAAUUAGAUGAGGCUCUAGAUCGUGAUAAAACACGGAGAGAAUUGUCUAAAAAACAAACUGCAUUGGAAUCUCAAAUACUACAGGAGAGCAAAUUAAAUGAGGAUCUAAAGAACCAAUUAGCAGAUUUCACUAAGCGCUCCGAUGAUGUGGAUAAAGUGUGCAAUUUGAUGAAAACCCGUCUAAACAUUGCAGACAGUGACAAAAACAAACUGGAAACUGCGAGGGAACAGUUUCUUUUAGCAAAAGAAUUGACUGGUAUAAGAUUGGACUUUGAAUACUGUGCAAAACAUCCAAAUAAGGCAAAGGGCUAUAUAAAGAAUCAAUACAAGCAUUUGCUGGAAUCAUUCGAUAUGGAUAUUAACAGCGAUGCCCUGUGGGACCUAGUGGCUAAUAUAUUUAUCACUGGUGAUGAGAACUGGCCUCCAAAUAAUAAAUAGUAUACUAUAUUUA